AUGGAGAAGGCCGGCUACCGCUGGAUUCAAAGCCUUGUGCUUGGGACGAAGCGAGUCGGUCGUCAAGCUGGGACGAGGUUGAUGCGCCUGGGCAAGCUUUCGCUAGAUUCAAAGCCUCCAAAGCGAGUUGGUUGUGGGACGAGGUCACAUCGAUUGGGUUCCAGUGCAGGCAUGAAAGUGACCGACAAGAAGAUCAAGAAUUCACAAAGGAUGUUGGUUGAUUGGAAGAUGUCCCCCUUGAGCUUGACAACCCGGUCUCCUGCUGGUUCCUUGGACUUGAGGGGAUAUGUACAGAGAGUCAGUCGCCGCGCGGGCUCAAGCGGACCUGUGACAGGUUUACCCCCAGACAUAAACAUCUGGGAGGAUACUGUACAUAUUGAUGAGUCACUUUACAAUAGCCCUGCCAGUGAUGGGCCAGUUAUUGUAAACGUGGUGUUUGCACAGCUUAGCAGCUUAGAGAAUCCGUAUCGGUGGCUAUUUCCGCCCCGAGCUAAGGAAUUUAGCCGCAGAUUUCAACCGCACCGGGAGUACAACCACAACAACCCACACCCAUUUGACACAAGAUUCACUCGCAACGAUGCCAAACAAAGAGGCCCCAACUGGCUCCCACAAGACAAUGAGCAACUUGCCAAAAUUUGGCUCAAGAUCUCGGAGGACAUUGUCCGAUCAACUGGACAAAAAAAAGACAAAUACUGGAAGCGAGUUGCUGAAGAUUACAAUAAUUAUACCACCGGUGUUGUAAGAGAUGGAAGCCACUGCAUGCACCAUUGGGGACACAUCCAGAAAGCAACUUUGAAGUUUUCCGGUAUCUAUCAUAAGCUCGAAAAAACUCGACCAUCCGGUUCUGUCUUGACCGAUCUCCUUCCAGAUACCAAGAAGGCUUUUUACGAGCAAGAAGGCAAACAGUUUACCUUUGAGCAAGCUUGGAUGGUCCUCAAGGAGCAUCCAAAGUGGAACAACCUUUCACAAUCUCGAGCCGUGCCAGACACCAAUCUUCCAGUCUCAACUCCGACUCCAUCUACCCCGGCAACCCCAAUUGCUUCCCAAACCAGCACAGCCGUCGUUGAAGGAAGAUCUGAAAAUUCCUGGACCCGACCCCCAGGUGUUCAUACAACCAAACAAACAAUGAGGGAAGAUCAUUAUAACACAAAGAAGAUCAAAGUCAUGUUGGACCGCUCAAGCAACUACCGCAAUCGAACACUUGCCAUGAAGGAGACAAACAAAAUCCGACAAAUAGCCGCUAAAGCUGAAGCUAACACGGCGAAUAUGGAGAUUAUGGCGAGGAAGAUAGAAGACUUACCAGACGACAUCUCGAAACAAUUCUUAAAACUCCAAAAGGAAUCUAUUCUUCUCGACAUGCAAGAACAACUCAAGCAGAGGCAAAAGUUAGCUGCCCAAAAGGAAAAGGAAAGCCAACAGCCAACAUCUACUGCAAAUCAACCUGAACAGUCAACAUCUACUGCAAAUCAACCUGAAAAUUUCUCCUUGGCCCCUGAAAGCGAGCCUGGAACCUCUGACAGCUUACAUGAUUUAUGUGAUGAAGAGAUUGACCCAAUCCUUGAUUCUCUCACUUAA